UUUCCCCGGCAGGCGACCUCGCGCCAGGCUCCUCCCUCUCCGCUCGUGGCUGCUUCUGCAUGCGGCGCGCGGAGUCACGGCCGGAGUCACGCGGCAUUCUGGGAAACGCCGAGUCAGACUCACGCUCGCGGCACAAGCGGAUGGUCUUCAAUCACUUGCGCGACACGGAAAAGGGUCCAGGCAGCCGGUUAUGGCUCUGUGCAACGGCGAAUCCAAGCUUAAUGCUGAAUCAAAGGAUGGCUGUGGCCGCUUCGAGGGCGCCGUGGCGAUCCUGGAUGCCGGCGCGCAGUAUGGGAAAGUGAUCGACCGGCGCGUGAGGGAGCUGUGCGUGCACUCCGAGAUCCUACCCCUGGAGACGCCAGCCUUCGCCCUGCAAGAGCAGGGAUUCAGUGCGAUCAUCAUAUCUGGGGGCCCGAACUCGGUCUAUGCAGAAGACGCUCCCUGGUUCGACCCCGCCAUUUUCACCAUCGGGAAGCCGGUGCUGGGAAUCUGCUACGGAAUGCAGAUGAUGACUAAAGUGUUCGGGGGCACGGUGAAUAAGAAAACGAUUCGGGAGGACGGAGUGUUUAACAUCAGCCUCGAUACCGCCUGCUCCCUUUUCAGAGGCCUCCAGAAGGAGGAACUGGUGCUGCUGACGCACGGCGACAGCGUGGAUAAGGUGGCCGACGGGUUCAAGGUGGUGGCGCAGUCAGGGAAUCUCGUGGCAGCCAUCGCCAACGAGCAGAAGAAGCUGUUCGGCACGCAGUUCCACCCAGAGGUCGACCUGACGGAGCACGGCAUGGAAAUGUUCCGCAACUUCCUGUUCGACAUCUCCGGCUGCAGCAACAACUUCACCGUGCAGGGCCGUGAGCAGAGCUGCAUCCAGGAGAUCCAGGAGAAGGUGGACAAGGCCAAAGUGCUGGUGCUGCUGAGCGGCGGGGUGGAUUCCACGGUGUGCACGGCACUGCUGAACAAAGCCCUGAACCAAGAGCAGGUGAUUGCCGUCCACAUCGACAACGGCUUCAUGCGCAAGAGGGAGAGCCAAAUGGUGGAGGAGGCUCUCAUUAAGCUGGGCAUCAACGUCAAGGUGGUGAAUGCAGCUCACACCUUCUAUAAUGGUACGACGACACUGCCCAUCUCGGAGGAGGACAGAACGCCCCGGAAACGAAUUAGCAAGACGUUAAACAUGACCACUGACCCAGAAGAGAAGAGGAAGAUCAUCGGAGAUACUUUUGUGAAGGUGGCCAAUGAGGUGAUCGGGGAGAUGAACCUGAAGCCGGACGAGGUUUUCCUGGCCCAGGGUACACUGCGGCCCGACCUGAUCGAGAGCGCCUCCACCAUCGCCAGUGGCAAGGCUGACGUCAUCAAGACGCAUCACAACGACACGGAGCUGAUCCGCAAGCUGCGUGAUGAGGGAAGAGUAAUCGAGCCGCUGAAGGAUUUCCAUAAGGAUGAGGUGCGGAUGCUGGGUCGAGACCUGGGGCUCCCAGAGGACAUUGUGUCCAGACACCCGUUCCCAGGUCCCGGUCUGGCCAUCAGGGUGAUAUGUGCCGACGAGCCCUACAUCUGCAAAGACUUCGCUGAGACCAACAACAUCCUGAAGAUUGUUGCGGACUUUUCCGCCAGCGUCAAGAAGCCCCAUACUUUGCUGCAGAAGGUAAAGUCCUGCAUAUCAGAGGAGGAAGAAGAGAAACUGAUGCAGAUAACCAGCCUUCAUUCGCUCAACGCCUUCCUCCUGCCAAUAAAAACCGUGGGUGUCCAGGGAGACUGCCGGACGUAUAGCUAUGUCUGCGGGAUUUCCAGCAGAGAUGACCCCUCCUGGGGGUCCCUCAUGUUCCUGGCUAGAAUCAUCCCCCGCAUGUGUCACAGCAUCAACAGAGUGGUGUAUGUGUUCGGGCCGCAGGUUCGGGAGCCGCCCACCGACAUCACGCCCACCUUCCUGACUACGGGUGUACUGGGGACACUCCGUCAGGCUGACUACGUGGCUCACUCCAUCCUGUGGGAGUCGGGUUACGCCGGCAAGAUCAGCCAGAUGCCGGUCAUCCUGACCCCCCUGCACUUCGACCGUGACCCCCUGCAGAAACAGCCCUCCUGUCGGCGCUCGGUGGUCAUCCGCACCUUCAUCACCAGCGACUUCAUGACCGGCAUUCCCGCCACACCCGGAAAUCAGAUCCCGGAGGAGGUGGUGCUGAAGAUGGUCACGGAGAUCAGGAAAAUCCCUGGUAUUUCCAGAGUCAUGUUUGACCUGACGUCCAAGCCUCCAGGGACCACCGAGUGGGAAUGAAACGCGCGGAUCCCGUUUUAUCUUUCAACACCUUUCCUGCCUCAUCCACCAAUACACUGCGCCCAAGUUACCAGGCCCCCCAUGACAAGAACAUUCCCAAUGUUGCCAGGCAAUACUGUGACCAGCAGCACACCUGAAGACAAGGCCCCAUCUAGGUGUUUUUUUCCCUUGGGGAGGGAGAGGUUGUGUUCAUCUUUUGUUUUGUUUCCCCUUGUUAAUGUAAUCAGUAUAAGGCUACAUCUCUGUAAGAGCUCCGAUGCUGGGUGUAGUUCAGCCACUGUCUCCGUCAUUUUUUAAAGGAAAAAAACUUCUGUGUCACAUUUUUUUGUAUCAUUCUGACGUGAUUUUGGGUUUGUGUGUUUUUUUUCCUCUUUUUUUAUUGCCAAAUUGCAGAAGUGCAUUUCAGACUGCCUUCUCUCCAGUGCUGUAAUAAACUCUGCUAAGAACACUGUACAAACAUCCUACGUCUCAUAUAGAACUGCUGUCCAGGGCUGCAGUCAUGUGGGUCUGUGUCUAUCCCCAAACCCUGUCCCCCUCUCCCCACCGACAACUGCAGACAAGUGUGCAAGGUACCCUUUAUCCAUCUUGCAAUACGUGCUUUCACGAGAAGAUUCUGCUUCUAUCAUUCCCCAGAAACAAAAUCCUGUGCUCUUCUACUUUCAUGACACUUACUCCUGCCGUGUCUCUCACUCUUAUAGUCCCUGUUGUGACCCGGGUUCGAGCGUAAACCCUUUAGUGUCUGUUUUCCAUACCGAACAUGUACUCUGACCUCAGAGACGUGACUUAUGACAGCUCAGUUUUAUAACGUGAGUUGAGGCUUGUAUUUUAGGUAUUUAUUGUCUUUGUACUUCCGAUUCCGUGCAGUGUUCAUCGAAACAGCGGGAAAUCAAGAUGGACUCCUUUCACGUCUUAAUCGCAACUCUCACUCUUAAUGUUCGCCGCCUUCCUCCGUGUAAAACUAAGCAACAUCUUACAGCUAGUGAACUCUUGAUUUUGUAGUUGCAUUUAACUGCAAUAUAAAUCACAAUUUUGAGUUUAAUUUAUGCAAGUUCGUGAUUCAUUUGCCUUCAUCUUUAUAAGACCGACCUUUUUUUCUCUCUUUUUAAUGUGCCUCGACCGCUGCAUGCAGUUUCAACAUUGAAAUUUGUACGAUGAUAAAAUCAAGCUUUAAUAAAGAUGUUAGAAAGUA